AUGUCUCGUUUAGAAGCUAAAAAGCCGUCGUUGUGUAAAAGUGAGCCACUGACAAGUGAGAGAGUCAGGGCCACGCUUUGUGUCUUGAAAGGAAUCCUGACAUCAAGCUAUGGCCCUUCGGGUAGGCUGAAGCAAGUGCAUAGUGGCUUCGGAGGCUGUGUGUGUACAACCUCACAGUCGUCAGCCCUACUCUCUAACCUUCCCGUCACCCAUCCCAUCUUAAAGAUCCUGACAACAUCCAUGCAGAAUCAUGUGUCAUGCUUCAGGGACUGUGGCUUAUUCACGGCCAUCCUUUGCUGCAAUCUGAUUGAAAAUGUUCAGAGAACAGGCUUGACACCCACCACUGUUACUAAAUUAAAUCAGCAUUUCUUGAGCCUCUGCACCAGUUACCUCAAGUCCGAGUCCUGUGGUUGUCGAAUUCUAGUUGACUUUAGUAGUCCUCAGACCCUCCUUUGUUUGGUGCGCAGUAUCGUUACAAGUAAACCUGCCUGUAUGCUCACCAGAGAGGAAAGAGACCAUCUCAGUGCUUUGAUUCUGAGAGCCUUUUUGCUUACAAUUCCAGAAAACACCAAAGACCGCCUCAUUUUAGGAAACAGUAUAAUUGUGCCUUUAAAAGGUCAGAGGGUUUUAGAUUCUACUGUAUUACCCGGAAUUCUUAUCGAAAUGUCAGAAAUUCAGUUGAUGAAGAUCUUACCUAUCAAAAAAUCCGAAGCCUUCAAGGUGGCACUCUUUUGUGCUUCUUUAUCAGGAGAUCUCUCUGAUACUGGAGAAGGAACUGUGGUGGUCACUUAUGGGGUUUCUCUUGAAAAUGCAGUCCUGGAGCAGUUGCUCAGCUUAGGGAGGCAGCUUGUCAAUGAUCACGUAGAUCUUGUUGUGUGUCAGAAAGUCAUACACCCGUCUUUGAAACAGUUUCUCAGUAUGCAUCGUGUCAUUGCCAUAGACCGAGUUGGAGUAGCUCUGAUGGAACCCCUGAGUAAAGUGACAGGAACACAGCCUAUUGGUUCCAUAGGCUCAAUCUCUCCUAGUAGUUAUGGAAGUGUGAAAGAUUUGUGCCCUGAAAAAUUUGGCUUCAAACAUUUUCUUCAUCUUAUUCCUUAUGAAGCAACUAUCUGCAGCUUGCUUCUCUGCAACAGAAAUGAUACUGCCUGGGAUGAGCUGAAGCUCACAUGUCAAACUGCACUGCAUGUUUUGCAAUUAACCAUCAAGGAACCAUGUGUUUUGUUGGGAGGCGGCUGUACUGAAACUCAUUUGGCAGCAUAUAUCAGACACAAGACUUGUAAUGAGCCAGAAAGCAUUCUCAAAGAUGAUGGAUGUACUCAAACAGAACUUCAACUAAGCACCGAAGCAUUCUGCUGUGCCUUAGAAUCUGUCGCUGGCUCUUUAGAACACGAUGGAGGUGAAGUUCUUACCGACAUGAAGUAUGGACACUUUUGGUCUGCUCACGCAGAGGCUCCCUCUAUUGUUAACUGGCCAGAUUUGCUCUCAAGAUGUGGCUGUGGACUCUAUAAUAGCCAGGAGGAACUCCACUGGUCUUUCUUAAAAAGUACUCGGCAUCCCUUUGUACCACAAACCUACCUUCCACAUGAAGCUACGGGCUCAGCCGACAACCUGACCUUGGACUGUUUUACUGCUAAGCUUAGUGGCCUGCAGGUGGCUGUGGAGACUGCCAAUUUGAUUUUGGACCUUUCAUAUGUCAUUGAAGAUAAAAAUUGAUAGGAUAGCAUGUUUAUAUUUUUUAAAAACCUAGUCAGGUGUCAGUUAAGAAAAAUGUUGAAUGUAAUUUUUUUCUCUCCCAAAGGCCUGCUAUGCAUAUUUGGAUAGAUUAUUCAUAAAAUUAUAGAGAUACUUAGAUAAGGGGGAAAAGUAUGAUUCUUAAAUAGAAAUACCAUAGCAUAUUAAAAACAUGAAGCAUUGUUAUUAAAGAUAGUACAGUUAUCUUAGGGCUUCCACAGAUGCCUCUGUAUGUUCUAAAUUUUUGUUAUUUUUCCAUCAUUCAAGAGUACAGAAAUAAAAAAAAACUUCCUAAUCUA